AUGUCGUCCAAUCAUGCCAUGUCUGACGACCAGGUCGCCAGUGAGCUGAAGAAGAUGACGGCAUUCAUUCGCCAAGAGGCCCUCGAGAAGUCACGCGAGAUUCAUCUGAAAGCUGAUGAGGAGUUCGCCAUCGAGAAAUCCAAGCUCGUCCGCGAAGCCACAUCGUCAAUCGAUGGCGAGUACGAGAAGAAGUUCAAGCAAGCCUCGAUGUCACAGCAGAUCACGCUUUCCACAUCAGCCAACAAGACACGACUUCGGGUACUCUCCGCGCGGCAAGAGCUUCUGGACGAGCUUUUCGAGAAGACGCGGAAGAAGUUGUCCGAUGCUGGGAAGGGCAAGGACUACGAGAAGACGCUGAAGGAUCUUAUUCUUGAGGGAAUGUAUAUGUUGGGAGAGAAGAAGAUCGGGCUGAAGUGCAGGAAGAGCGACAAGGACAAGGUAGAGAGCGCGAAGAAGACAGCAGCAGAUGAAUACAAGAAAGAGCUUGGGGACGAAGUUGAGGCGACCAUUGACGAGAAGGACUGGCUGAGCGAUGAGUCUGCAGGAGGCGUGGUCGUCGUCAAUGGCACUGGCAAGAUCACCCUGGACAACACACUCGCUGAGCGCCUGCAUUUGCUCGAGACAGAGGCGUUGCCGACGGUACGGGCCACACUUUUCGGAGAGAACGAGAAUCGGAAGUUCAAGGACUGA